GGGAGGACGGGCUGAUUGCGGAGCGGAGCCGCUCGGCCGCCAUGUUGCCGCCCGCGGUGUAUUUAGGAGCCGGGGUCGGGCCCUGAUGCGUUGCCUCCUCCUACUUUUCCUCCUCGGCUACUACUGAGAGACCGUGAGGCGCGGAGGGAGGGGGGGGAGAAAGGGAGGAAGAGGGAGAGAAAGAGCGGUUCAAAAAUUAAACCGCGGCUUCGCCUGAUUCUUCGCUUUCUGGCUCCAGUCGCCGUUUGGUUUGAAUUUUGAGUCGAGUUGGACCCGGUCCGGUCUGGUCUGGUCCGGUCCGGUCGAGUCGGGUCGAGUCGAGUCGGUCGGUCCGUCGAGGCGAGGGAGAGAGACACGGAGACAGACACCCAGACACACAGACAGCGGCACAGUCGCUGUGGUUUAUAUGUAUAUCUAUAUCUACUUUUUUGGCCUGAAGGAAAUGAAAGAGAUGUCAGCCAGUAGUGUUAUGCUGGGGACACAACCUCAGCAGUCUCUGAAGCAUUAUGGGAUUACUUCUCCAAUUAGCCUUGCCUACCCCAAAGAAAUAGAUGAUAUUUUUACUCAGAAGUUGAUUGAAGCCUUGAAACCAUUUGGAGUAUUUGAGGAAGAAGAGGAAUUAAACCACAGAUUAGUUGUUUUGGCUAAAUUGAACAAUUUGGUUAAAGAGUGGAUUGCAGAAAUCAGCGAAACAAAGAAUCUUCCACCAUCAGUUAUAGCAAAUGUUGGUGGGAAAAUAUUUACAUUUGGGUCGUAUAGACUCGGAGUACAUACAAAAGGUGCUGAUAUUGAUGCACUUUGUGUUGCACCACGCCAUGUAGAACGGAGUGAUUUCUUUCAGUCUUUCUUUGAAAAGUUAAAGCAACAAGAAGGAAUCAAGGACUUGAGGGCUGUAGAAGAUGCUUAUGUCCCAGUUAUCAAGUUUGAAUAUGAUAACAUUGAGAUUGAUCUUGUAUUUGCUAGGCUGGCUUUGCAAACAAUUCCAGACAAUUUGGACCUCAGAGAUGAUUCUCGUCUUAAAAAUCUUGACAUCCGAUGUAUACGAAGUUUAAAUGGUUGCAGAGUUACAGAUGAAAUUCUUCACUUAGUACCAAACAAAGAGAACUUCAGGUUAACUCUUCGAGCCGUUAAGCUAUGGGCAAAAAGGCGUGGAAUUUACUCUAAUAUGCUUGGAUUCCUUGGUGGUGUUUCAUGGGCUAUGUUAGUGGCACGAACCUGUCAGUUGUAUCCUAAUGCAGUUGCAUCCACUUUAGUCCACAAGUUUUUUCUAGUUUUUUCCAAGUGGGAGUGGCCAAACCCAGUGCUGCUAAAACAACCAGAGGACAGCAAUUUGAAUCUGCCAGUUUGGGAUCCACGGGUAAAUCCAUCUGACCGAUACCACUUGAUGCCAAUAAUAACCCCUGCCUACCCUCAGCAAAAUUCCACAUUCAAUGUGUCUUCAUCAACUCGAACGAUAAUGGUAGAAGAAUUCAAACAAGGUCUUGCCAUUACUGACGAAAUACUCCAAAGCAAAACAGACUGGUCUAAACUCUUUGAACCACCUAACUUCUUUCAAAAAUAUAAGCACUACAUUGUAUUAACAGCCAGUGCAUCUACUGAAGAGCAUCACUUAGAAUGGGUUGGACUUGUUGAAUCUAAAAUUCGGGUUCUUGUUGGCAACCUUGAACGAAAUGACUACAUCACUCUUGCCCAUGUAAACCCACAGUCUUUUCAUAGCUUGAAGGAACAUCACAAUGUGGAUGAUUAUGUUACCAUGUGGUUUAUUGGGAUUAUUUUUAAGAAGGUGGAAAAUGCAGAGAGCGUCAACAUUGAUCUGACACAAGACAUUCAAUUAUUCACCGAUACAGUAUACAGGCAGGCAAACAACAUCAACAUGCUUAAGGAGAAAAUGAGAAUAGAAGCCACACAUGUCAAAAAAAAACAGCUCCAUCAUUAUUUACCAGCUGAAAUUUUGCAGAAGAAAAAGAAGCAAAGUGCACCAGACAUUAAUCGAAAUUCCAGUGGCACCAUCAGUAAUGCAAAUCGCACAUCUUUGGAAGGCAACCUUUUGGAUACUUCAAGGGACACGGAUAGUGGUUCCCCUUUCAGUUCUCCUGCACUGUUGCAGAAACCUUCUAAACCAAAUCCUCUUGGAACAGAGGAUUUGCAGAAAAACAGUACAUCUCCUGAGAAAAUACAAGUUACAGAUACAACCAAAAUGUCACCUGGUGAAGAGAAUGAGCCUACCUCCACAGGAAAUCCCACUAUUUCUCAAGCAGUCUGUACCAUCCCCACUGUGGUUGGGCGCAAUGUAAUUCCCCGUUUGACUUCUCCAUCUAACCAGCCUCUGCCAAAUGGGACCAGGCUAAAUCCUAGCCCAAACAGUUCUACUUCAAAAAGACCUCAUUCUCCUAUAUUGGAAGAAUCUCCAAAACGACUGAAAGAUCUCCAAAUGCUGUGUGCCAUUGAACCAGAUGAUUCUGCUUUCAAGCAGCCGCAUUCAUCAAAUGAAGAGGACGGACAAAAUUCUCAGAAGGAUCGACAGGACAACCACGCAGAAGUGAAAUCCAUGCCCAUUCCAACAAUUGAUACAAGAUCACAGAGACUACCUAGCAAGGAGCUACCAGAUGUGUCUUCUCCAGUCCCUACGAGUAGCAUUCGCGUCAUUAAAAAUUCGAUCAGAUUAACCCUUAAUCGGUAGCAACACUGCCAGGUAAACCUAGCUUGUAAUUGUCAAACCAUUCAGGCAUGUUGAUUUUGUUUUCUUUUGUUUAACUUAAAAAAAAUUCUGCUGCCCUAUACUAAGCGGAGCACUCGUCUGUAAUUUCCACCCUGACAUGAUGUUGGGAAGCCAGAAGAUGGUAUGGCUUUGUGGGUUCUGGCUCAGUUGGUGGGUCUGCUCUGCUUAUCACAGAGUAGAUGCGGGUACCAAUACCUGAAGUACAUUCAGUUUGAAAAGCUACGUAUGUGCUGAUGACCGUCUCUGAUGGUUCGCCAACAUCCUUCAACUCCAGGCCUUUUUUUUAAAAAAAAGAAGCAAUCGUAGCCUUAAUGGAUGGAAUAGCUUCUGGCCUUGUGUUGAUCAAGCAAUGUCUCGACUUGUUUGUUUGGGAUACCUUAAAUUAUGUAUUUGUGUAUGUGUGUAAAUACUUGUGAUCAGCCUUUUUAUUGAAAAAUCAGUAUUGCAUUGACCAGUUCUUUCAAGAAGGCUGAAGUGUAAUUUUAAUAAUUGUAAAAUAAUUUAAAAAAAAGUGUCCUGUGAUGUAUCUUACGUUAAUUUCCCUCUUACGUUGUGUGUGUGUGUGUGUGUGUAUAUAUAUGAAAAACCCAAAAAAAUUGUAGUCUAUUUUAGUUAUUGGUAUUUGGGAUUUUGAGGUUAAAAAUAUUUAGCUAAGGUUAAACAAGUUGCAGAAUUGAAUCACUUUUCAAGAAACUGUUUGCAAGGAAAUUUUGCUUCUGGCUUAGUACCUAAUACUGACCAGUGAUAAGUCUGCUGAUUUCUAGCAUAUAUAAGCACUGCAUUUAAAUGUCCACAAAGCAGAACAAUAAGUUUAGUUAUUUCCUUAAAGUAUACUUUUUCUGCUGUAAUCUUCAUUGCCAUUGUGAUUUACAUUUUCCAAUGCAUUCAGUUGAUCCUGUUUUGUAGACCUAAAUAUCCAUAUGUAUUUGAAAGAAUAUUUUUGUAUUUACUUGUAAAAAAAAAGUCACUUUUCA